CAAGCUAGGUGGCUAGCUCGCUAUCAUUAUCUAGGCUGGGGAUUAGGGUUAUGGUUAAGUUUAGGAGUUAGGGUAAAGGUAAGAGUUAGCUAAAAUGGUUAAGGUUAGGGGAAGUGUUAGCUAAGUAGUUCCAAAGUAGCUAAUAAAGUAGUAGAAAAGAUGUCCGUGAUGAGAUUUGAACUCGCAACCUUUGGGUUGCUAGACAUUCGCAUUAUACCCAUCCACCCUGACCAACUCCCCUCCUUUAGUUUUUGACUUAAGUAACCAUCUGUCUUAUGUAACCAUAGCAAAUGUAAAAUCUUACUAAAAGGAGUUUCUCGGAUUUCGUUCCAGAAUAAUACGAAAUGCUUUGAGACCAGGUUGAGGUCACACUCAACUUGCACUCUGCAUGUUUACGCAUGCCUUUUUUGUGGCAGAAACUGUCCCAUAAUAGGCCUAAGGGGGUAGAAUCAGUGGAGGCAACUACUGUCAGUAAGCCUAUAUCACAUCUGGCACAAGGUGUCUAGGGCUCCCGAGUGGCACAGUGGUUUAAGGCACUGAAUUUCAGUGCAAGAGACAUCACUGCAGUCCCUGGUUCGAAUCCAGGCUGUAUCACAUCCGGCCGUGAUUGGUAGUCCCAUAGGGCGGUGUACAAUUAGCCCAGAAUUGGCUGGAGUAGGCUGUCAUUGGAAAUAAUAAUUUGUGCUUAACUGACAUGCCUAAUUAAAAAAAAAAAUAGAAAACAGUGGUGCCAAGCUCUGUAUAGGGGGUUUCAGUGGUUAGAUUCGCCCACAGCUCUGUGUGAACUGCAAUUACAAUGCUGUGUUUUAACGGUUUUUCGAAAUAUAUGGCCCUUAUCUUUCAUAUCAGCAAGAAAGAAUCUUUCAAAGAAAAAAGAUGCCUGUUACUGUAGCAGAUUUGCACAGAUCCAUACCAUAUGUGUGAUCAUUUCCAUGUAAAAGUUUAUAGGAGCAUAUCAAAUUGGGUGUUAAAUGAAAGCUAUGAGUCUUUAAAAAAUAUUAAGGCAUGUAUACAUUUUUCAACCAUAUUACAUUAAAAAAAAGGCUUUGAUUUAUUGUCAGAUGAAAAAGGGGUUUAGAAAAUAUCUACCAGAAAAAAAGUCUUAAAAGUAUUAGAAAUACCCCUGCCAAGUUAUCAACACUUACAUUUAGUUCAUGAUAUUUUUUCUGCCUUCUGUAAAUUUAAGAAACAUUGCCUUGUGUCUUGAAAUUCCGUUACAAAACCCCCACCUAUCUUUAAGAUAUUCCUCAUGACGGAGAAUAAUGAACGUUUACAGAAGUAACAAGUAAAGGUAGACCUAUCAAUUAGUUAGUGUUUUUAUGGAUAUCCAUUUUGAUUAAGAAUUAUUACCAAAUUGGUAACAGAUUUGCAAAAAAUCGUUAACGGAAGUUCUGCAAUUUAAUUGGCUACAAUAGGAAAUCAAAGUAGACACAAACCACAAUUGGGUCACUGGCCACUGUCCUCCUUUCCUCUAACUGUUUUCUUUCUGUCGUCUGGACAAAGCAAGAGUAAAAAUUCUGGACAAAUGAACCCUGGCUUUGAUUUCAAUGUCCACAGACAUCUGAACCGGCCUUCAUUUGGCACAAACAUUAAUCUUGUACGCAGACACUUCCGGCUUAAUCGGCCAACCAAUCAUCUCUCACAAACCCUUCCCUUUAACCCUCCCAGUACAUGAGCACACCACAAGCACAGAGCCACGCCUUGCACUUGUGUGAUUCACUAAAAUUAAGGGAUGUCAAAUACUUUACUCAGUAGGUUACUCCCAUAGAAUUCUAUGGUCACUCCCACUAACACCAACUUUGAGUUGUUGAUACCCCAGGCUUAUAUGCGCUGUGCUCAAUAGCCUGGGGACGAGGUUAGCCAAGCAUAGACGUUGAUGAUUGGUUCAAAUUUGGUCCGGUCCGGACGGAAGUUUGGACAGCACAGUAGAGUACAGUAAAUAAAAGUAUAGUUCAGUAGAGUAGACUAUAGUUCACUACAGUUAGUUAUUAGGAUCCCAACUAGUCACUGUACAUGCAGCAGCUACUCUUUCUGGGGUCCACAUAAACAUACAAGUGCAUGACAAAGUACAGAACAGUUAUAAACGAGAACAACAUAAGAUAUUACAUGAAAUUCUAUAUAUAAAAUAAGAGUUAUAAAUUGGAAAGACACCAAGCGACAACAAAAAUACAAUUGACACACUAUUCCAAUAUACAUAUUCCUAUUCCUAUGUACAGUAUAGUUAAAUUAGAACUUUAGAAAGCGGAUAGGCAUUGUGAUACAAUGUUUUCUUUAAUCUGUUUUCUAAAGCGAAACUUGCUUUUUGCCUGACUAACCUCUGGUGGCAGAGCAUUACAUAACUGAGGGACGCAUGAAUUCUGUUUUUGUUUUGGGUACGGUGAAGAAACCCAUAGUGGCAUGUCUGGAGGGGUAUGUACAGUAUCAGUCAAACGUUUGGACGCACCUACCAAUUCAAGGUUUUUUUCUUUAUUUUUUUUACUAUUUUCUACAUUGUAGAAUAAUAGUGAAGACACAAACCAUGAAAUAACACAUGUAGUAACCAAAACAGUGUUAAACAAAUCAACUAGCUUCACCUGGAAUGCUUUUCCAACAGUCUUGAAAGAGUUCCCACAUAUGCUGAGCACUUGUUGGCUGCUUUUCCUUCACGCUGCGGUACAAACCAUCUCAAUUGCGUUGAGGCCAGGUCAUCUGAUGCAGCACUCCAUCACUCACUUUCUUGAUCAAAUAGCCUUUACACAGCCUAGAGGUGUGUUGGGUCAUUGUCCUGUUGAAAAACAAAUUAUAGUCCCACUACGCCCAAACCAGAUGGGAUGGCGAAUCACUGCAGAAUGCUGUGGUAACCAUGCUGGUUAAGUGUGCCUUGAAUUCUAAAUACGUCACAGACCGUGUCACCAGCACAGCACCAUCACACCUCCUCCUCCAUGCUUCACGGUGGAAACCACACAUGAAGAGGUCAUCCGUUCACCUACUCUGUGUCUCACAAAGACAGGGCGGUUGGAACCAGAAAUCUCAAAUUUGGACUCAUCAGACCAAAGGACAGAUUUCCACCAGUCUAAUGUCCAUUGCUCGUGUUUCUUGGCCCAAGCAAGUCUCUUCUUAUUAUUUGUUUCCUUUAAUAGUGGUUUCUUUGCAGCAAUUUGAGGCCUGAUUCACAGUCUCCUCUGAACAGUUGAUGUUGAGAUGCGUCUGUUACUUUAUUUGGGCUGCAAUUUAUGAGGCUGGUAACUCUAAUGAACUUAUCCUCUGUAGCAUAGGUAACUCUGGGUCUUCCUUUCCUGUGGCGGCCCUCAUGAGAGCCAGUUUCAUCAUAGCGCUUGAUGGUUUAUGCAACUGCACUUGAAGAAACUUUCAAAGUUCUUGACAUUUUCUGGAUUGACUUACAUUCAUGUAUUAAAGUAAUGAUGGACUGUUACUCUUUGCUUAUUUGAGCUGUUCUUGCCAUAAUAUGGACUUUGUCUUUUACCAAAUAGGGCUAUUUGUAACAACACAACUGAUUGGCUCAAACGUAUUAAGGAAGGAAAUUCCACAAAUUAACGUUUAACAAGGCACACCUGUUAAUUGAAAUGCAUUCCAGGUGACUACCUCAUGAAGCUGGUUGGGAGAAUGCAAAAGUGUACAAAGCUGUCAUCAAGUCAAAGGGUGGCUACUUUGAAGAAUCUCAAAUAUAAAAUAUGUUUUGAUUUGUUUAACACUUUUUUUGGUAACUACAUGAUUCCAUAUGUGUUCUUUCAUAGAUUUGAUGUCUUCACUAUUAUUCUACAAUGUAGAACAGUACUUUUGACUGGUACUGUGUGUCUGUUUUGAAGUGUUUGCAAAUAGAUUAUUCAAGUCUUUUGGCAUUUUCAACAUGUUUCUUAAAAAGACUAGAAGAGAAGUAGUACAUUUCUCCUCAAACCUCAACCAUGAAAGACUCAUGCAUGUUGUUCAUGUUAGUUUUUUGUGAAAGCUUGGCCCCAGUGAUGUACUGGGCCGUACGCACCACCCUCUGUAGCGCCUUACGGUCAGAUGCCGAGCAGUUGCCAUACCAGGCGGUGACGCAACCGGUCAGGAUGCUCUCGAUGGUGCAGCUGUGUAACUUUUUGAGGAUCUGGGGACCCAGAAUAUUUUCAGUCUCCUGAGGUGGAAAAUGUUUUGUUCUUCACGACUGUCUUGGUGUGUUUGGACCAUGAUAGUUCGCUGGUGAUGUGGACACCAAGGAAAUUGUAGCUCUCAACCUGCUCCACUACAUCCCCGUUGAUGUUAAUGGGGGCCUGUUCCUGUAGUCUACGAUCAGCUCCUUUGUCUUGAUCACGUUGAGGCAGAGGUUGUUGUCCUGGCACCACACUGCCAGUUCUCUGACCUCCCUAUAGGCUGUCUCAUCGUUAUCGGUGACACUGUUGUGUCGUCAGCAAACUUAAUGAUGGUGUUGGGGUCGUUUGGCCAUGCAGUCGUGGGUGAACAGGGAGUGCAAGAGGAGACUAAGUACACAACCCUGAGGGGCCCCAGUGUUGAAAAUCAGAAGUGUUAUUGCCUACCCUUACCACCUGGGGGUGGCCCGUCAGGAUGUUCAGGAUCCAGUUGCAGAGGAAGGUGUUUAAUAGCUUUAGCUUAGGGAUGAGCUUCGUGGGCACUAUGGUGUUGAACGCUGGGCAGUAGUCAAUGAACAGCAUUCUCACGGGUGUUCCUUUUGUCCAGGUGGCAAAGGGCAGUGUGGAGUGUGAUUGCGUCAUCUGUGGAUCUGUUGGGGUGGUAUGCGAAUUGGAGUGGGUCUAGGGUAUUGUCGGGGUAGGUUCCUUGUCAAUCAUUGACUUAUUGGUGAAAUCAGCAGUCAGACAAUAUCAUCUUUAAGUAAAUCAAUCAAACCUUUAUUAAUGCAAUUGCAGACAGAAGUGACGAUGGAAACACAGCACGUAUGUUUCACAAUAGGUUUCCAAGACCGUACCGCAAGUGAUCCAUGUUAACGUUUAGAGCAAGCAUCGGGGCUCUCAACAAAAGUCACCCAGGAUACCUUCAUCAAAAGGCGCUCAAGCCGCCAUGGAGAGCAGUGGCAUGGGAAACGCGUGCGACUACAGCCACAACGUCACCUUCUUCUACGAUUAUGUAGGUAAGGAGAUCAGCAGAGACUGGCGUGUCAGGGACUGUGUGGUAGUGGUCCUGGGCCUGACCAUCUGCCUCAUUAUGAUCCUGUCCAACAUAAUGGUGAUGGCGGCCAUCUUGAUCAACCGACGCUUCCACUUCCCCAUCUACUUCCUGCUAGCCAACAUGGCCGCUGCGGACCUGUUCGCCGGCUUGGCCUACACCAACCUCGUGCUCAACACAGGACCCUGGACCAUCAGGCUGUCCAAGCAGCAAUGGUUCAUUAGGAAUGCUCUGGUGGACAUGAGCCUGACGGCGUCUGUGGCCAACCUGCUGGCUGUGGCGGUGGAGCGUCACCAGACCAUAAUUACCAUGCAGCUGCACAGCAAGAUGACCAAACGGCGAGUGGUGCUGCUGAUCGUGUGUAUCUGGGCAGUGUCUAUCAUCAUGGGGCUGGUCCCUUCCAUGGGGUGGAACUGUGAGUGCCAGCUUAGCGACUGCUCCAUCAUCGCCCCGCUCUACAGCCGCAGGUAUAUGAUCUUCUGGGCGUCUCUCAACCUGCUCACCUUUUCUGUCAUGGUGGCUGUGUACGCACGCAUCUAUGUCUACGUGAGACGUAAGGGUAAACGGAUGUCUCAGCACAGCUCCCACCAUCUGAGGCACAACGAGACUGUCUUUAACCUCAUGAAGACUAUCUCUAUUGUACUGGGUGUGUUUGUCAUCUGUUGGACACCGGGCCUGAUGACUCUGUUGCUAGAUGGGAUCAUGGGUAAAGACAGCCAUGCCUUGACCUAUGAGAAGUACUGUCUGAUCCUGGCUGAGUGUAACUCCCUGGUUAACCCUAUUAUCUACUCCUUCCGGGACGAGGAGAUGAGAAGGACCUUUAAGUGUAUCCUGUGCUGCCUGUGUAGGAGGAGCUCUGACCACCAGGGGGAGCAGUCCCCUGUGGAGUUCAACACACUGCAACCAGAGGUAGAUAAUGGUUGUGAAGUAAAAUCAGAGAAAGACAACUUUACUGCCCUCCAGCUGAUAAAGACAGAGUGUGACAAGCCUCUUCACCCUGACAGCUGGAUUCAAUCAUAUUGACACCAUGGACAUUAAGAUCUACAGCCACUCGUGAAUUUAAGCCUCUAUUCAAUCUGUCGCUGAAGCGUUACAAAUUGCAAGGUGAUUUCCGAUUGACAUAUGCAGCGUUUACUGUGAAUGCGUCUCUGCUAAUGCGGGAACCUUGCGUUUAAAUCACUGCUACGCUGAACUUCCGUGAUACAGAUUGAAUAAAGCUGUUUAGUGGGGUUGAAACAGGAGGACAAUGGACAAGCACUUUACAAUAUGGUUAUUUAUGACGCCAUACUCAUGUGUACAUUUUGGGAUGCUUGUUUGUACAGUAUGUUUCGUUUAUCUAGAUGCGUUACACUAAUACUGAGAUAUUCAGAAACCGCCAAACUGUCUAGGGAAAGACUACCUCCAUGUGCCACAGUUCAAUUAUGUGAUACAUAACGAGCCAUGAGAUGCUUUAAAAAUACCAGCACGGGGAUAUAGGGAAGCCUGGAAUUUAAGCUGGAAAUCACCCUUUCACUAUUUACUAGAAAUGAAACUGCGUGACAUUCGAUCAUGCAUACGGGUGGUCCUGUGAAUCGAACCUACAACCCUGGCAUUGCAAGCUCCAUGCUCUAUCUACUUUACCAAUUUAGCUACAGAGGCGGGUUUCAAUUACGAAAAACUGACUUUAAAUGUAUUUGGCUAAGGUUUAUGUAAACUUCAACUGUGUAAAACCAUCAAAGGGUGUCAUUAUUGUUUGUUUAAAAUGUCACAAGAGCAUAGAUAUGACUAAUCAUAAAAAUAAAAACCAACCCCAAAUAAUGAAAAGCACAAUUAUUUUAUUCAUUUUUUUCUUCUAAUAAGGAACACUACAACUUGUCAUUCUUUUUACUCGUUCUAGAACAAUUCUAAAGUUGAGGUAUAAAAUAAGUUCGUACAGACUCGCAGGUCUUGAAACAGUGGGGUUUUAUAUACAAGAGACAGAGGUAGAGACGAGAGGGGGUAUUUAAAAUACAAGGGGACGAAGAAGAGGGAGCAAUAUACAAAGAUACUAACAAAACAAAGUGACACAUUAAAAGGGUUUAAUGUAUCGUUUGAUUUGGUGCUGUGGAAAUCUACGGUCGCAGAUAGAAUAUUCUGUGGUAGAAUCAUACAGUAGGUGACUAACUAUUGGCUCAACCUGUAUACGUUUAACUAUACCGUUAGUAUAAAAUACUGGGAGAAAACACUUUUUUUAAAUAGGGUCAAUCCAGACAAAAUGGCCUAAGUUUUAAAUGGAUAAGGGAUUUCUAAAAAUGUGAGAGAGACUUUGUUCCCCAGUUGAGGCAAGGGCCGAUUAAAUGCAUUCACGGUAUAUGCUAGCAAGAUGGCCAACAAUGACGCUGGCAUUGUUUCAGCGGUUAUUGCUAAAAUGCGGUUUCACAGAAGUUCCAAUUGGAAUUCACACAGUACCAAACAAAAUACAAUACCCAUCACCCCAAUUAACAAAAAGACCAAGUUAAAAUAUGCAGAUAAUCAUUAAAAAAUAAAAUAAUUAACUUGACCCCAACCUCAGGAGAACAUUAAAGACCAAACAAUCAGGCAACUCACCCAAAAAUAAAGCAGAGGGUUUAUAAAAAGAGAAACGAACAUUCCACAAUCUGUACAGUGACAUCCAUUUACGACUGGUAGAAAAAGACAAGACUAAUUUGGUGUAGUAGUGGUAAGAUAUAAUAAGCUAUAUGAAAUGUUUAUAAUAACAGUAAACAAGGACACUAAUUUGGGUAAUACAAUAUAAGAGUUCUCUGUAACGAUGUAUGUAUAUCUGUUUAAUAUAUAGUUUGUCCUUUAUCAAAAUGCCCGGUACUCUUAACAGUUGAUGUAUGAUUGUAAAUAACAAUUUUAAGCUGAAUGAAAAUAAAAGGAAAUGA